UCCCUCUCGUCUUCUCUGAAACACAAAUCAAAGAGAUGUGGCGCACCAUUGACGCUCAUCUGAGGUCCGUACGCCUCCUUCCAAGUCUCUCUGUUCAAUCUUCUUCUUCUUCAUCCACUUUUCUCUUCAACUCCGGCCGUUCCUUUUUUGCUCGCUCGAGUUCGAGCCUCCUUUCGCCGGUACCGAAGCCUCAUUUGAUCACUCUCUCCAAGCCUCUAGCCUCUCGUGCAGAUGCUAAUUGUUUGUCGAGUGUUUUGUGUUUUGGCCUUGAAAGUCUACGCCUCGGAGGAUCGAGUUGCGGUUCGGUGGUGUUGGCGAGGUGCGUUACUACUUCGGUGAACACGUUGGAGUGGAAUGAACCGGUAUCGUGUUCGGAGGUUGGAGAGGGUGCUUUUCGGAGUGCUCGGGAUGGAGUUAGCGACGGUGAAGCGGAUGAAGUGGCGGAGGAUUCUAGACCGUCUAUUCCUGUCAGAGCUUUUUUCAUCUCGACUAGUGUGGACUUGAGACGCUUGGUGGAUCAGAAUAAACACAACUUUAUCCCACCAUCUUCUCGGAUGACAAAUUAUGUAGUUCUUAAGUUCGGGGAUCUUUGUGAUGUGAACAGUUAUGGCGCCAGCAUAAGUGGAAGUGACUGCUGUUUCAUGGUAGUUUUUCAGUAUGGCUCCAUUGUGCUGUUUAAUGUUCGUGAACAUGAGGUUGAUGGGUAUUUGAAAAUUGUAGAGAAACAUGCAUCGGGAUUGCUGCCUGAAAUGAGAAAAGAUGAGUAUGAGGUCAGGGAGAUGCCUGCCUUAGAUACGUGGAUGGAAGGGGGAUUGGACUACAUAAUGCUGCAGUACUUGAAUAUUGAUGGGAUACGUACCAUAGGUAGUGUUCUUGGCCAGAGCAUUGCUCUUGAUUACUAUGGGCGUCAGGUUGAUGGGAUGGUUGCUGAAUUCACUGACAUAAACCGUGAAAUGGAAGCAACUGGGAAGUUUAAAAUGAAGAGGAAGAAACUUUUCCAAUUGGUGGGAAAGGCAAAUUCAAAUCUUGCUGAUGUCAUUCUCAAGCUUGGACUUUUUGAAAGAUCAGACAUUGCGUGGAAGAAUGCAAAAUAUGCCCAAAUAUGGGAAUAUCUGAGAGAUGAGUUUGAGCUAACCCAGAGAUUCGCAAGUCUGGAUUUCAAAUUGAAGUUUGUGGAGCAUAAUAUUCGCUUCCUACAGGAGAUUCUCCAAAACAGGAAAUCAGAUUUUUUGGAAUGGCUGAUCAUUGCAUUGAUCGGUGCAGAAAUUUUACUUUCACUUUAUGACAUUAUCCAUAGAUCAGCCGCUAAUCUUUAGCACUGCUUGCUUGCAUUCAUGCCUGCAUGCAUGCAUGCUGAUCCUUGAAGUUGUUGGAGGUACGUAGUUUUGGCUUUCAGCCUCUCGUAUAUUCGCCACUACUACAAUUUGUACAAUGUACAUAUAGCUAUGUAAAUUUGGAACACUCUGCUAUAUACCGGACCCUGCUUUGUACAUUUUAAAGAGUUUUACCAAUUACUUUUGUUUUA